AUGUGCAUUGCUUACUGUUACAUAAUUUUGAUUGUGUUCGCUAUAAUACCAUCUUCGGAAUGUUUAGAUAAAAGGGCGUUACAGAGUUCUCAUGAAAAAACACAACCAGAAAAAUGGGCUGAAAUGUUUUUGAACAAAAAGCAACCCGAAAAACGCCUAGAUCUCGUAAUGCUACUGAAAAAAAUUACUUUCCAAUAUCUAUCAGACUGUACACCAAUAAUAUUAUUUGAUUCAUUCACUGUGAAAAAUGAUAAUUUAUUCUUAGAAAAGUUGCUGAACAAUUUCCCGCUAGCAUACAUAAAUGGUCGAAUUAUGGACGAUUACAACAUCAAAUUACACGUAUCAUAUGAGAGAAUGCAGCCAACAUGCUUCAGUUAUUUGUUAUUCAUGGAAGAUGUCAUGAAGUCAACAAGGGUGAUCGGUGAACAAACUAAAAGUAAAGUUGUUGUGAUAGCCAGAUCUUCUCAGUGGAGAGUAAUUGAUUUUUUAUCUCACGAGGAGUCGAGAUAUUUGGUAAAUUUGUUGAUAAUUGUGAAAUCUGAAGAUUUUAGGGCUGCAGGCGAGGAAAAUGCUUAUAUCUUAUACACGCAUAAGUUAUAUGUUGACGCUUUAGCCUCCAGUAAUCCUGUAGUUUUAUCCAGUUAUCAGGCAGCACAUUUCACAAGGAAUGUGGAUCUGUUUCCAAAAAAGUUGAGCAAUGGUUUUUCUGGCCACAGAUUUAUAGUUUCUAUGUCAAACCAGCCUCCUUAUGUUAUAUCGAAAGGGUUGAGGACAAGUGACGGCGAAAAAAUAUUUGAAGGUAUUGAAAUACGUCUAGUUAACUUGCUAUCGAAGCUUUACAAUUUCACUACGGAUUAUAGAGAAGCAACAGAAGAUACUCAAGUAGGAUCUUCAGAAGCUGUCACAAACACAAUUGAAAACAACAAAGCAAAUAUUGGAAUUGGGGGUAUAUAUGUUACACCUGAUAAAAUUAGAAGAAUGGGAUUAUCGUCAUGGCAUUCAAGGGAUUGUGCUGCUUUUAUAUCAUUAGCUUCGACUGCUUUACCCAGAUAUCGUGCAAUAUUAGGCCCAUUUAAGUGGACGGUUUGGUUGACCUUGAUAUUUAUUUAUUUGGGCGGUAUAUUUCCUCUUACAUUUUCUGAUAAAUUAACACUGAAGUAUUUACUGAAAAAUCCAGAAGAAGUCGAAAAUAUGUUCUGGUAUGUUUUUGGUACAUUUACAAAUUGUUUCACUUUCACUGGUAAAGGAUCAUGGAGCAAAGCGGAGAAAUUCACUACAAAAUUACUCAUAGCAUUCUAUUGGCUAUUUACAAUUAUCAUAACUGCUUGUUAUACUGGUUCAAUAAUUGCAUUUGUAACAUUACCAGUAUAUCCUUCGGUAAUAGAUACCGCCCGUCAAUUGAUGAGUGGAUGGUACCAGAUAGGUAUAUUAGACAAAGGAGAGUGGCAAUAUCUGUUUCUAAAUUCAACCGAUGAAUUAUCGAUUAAGUUAAUGGAAAAUAUAGAUUUAGUUCCCACUAUUGAGGAAGGAUUGAAAAAUACUACUAAAUAUUCACUAUGGAAGUAUGCUUUUUUGGGAUCUAGGGCACAAUUAGAUUACAUAGUUAGGACCAACUUAACUACCAAGAGCAAACGAUCAGUUAUGCAUAUUAGCAAAGAAUGUUUCAUUCCAUUCAGCGUUUCAAUAGCCUACCCGUUAAAUUCAGUUUAUGGUGAUACUAUAAGCCGUGGAAUAGAGUUAAUCAAAGAAUCUGGAAUAAUGAGCAAAAUUAAAAAUGAUGUAGAAUGGGAAAUGAUGAGGAGCGCCACUGGAAAAUUACUUUCAGCAAGUUCUUCUGGAAAUUUGAAGACAUUAAGCUAUGAAGAUCGAGCUCUAAAUCUAGAAGACACUCAAGGCAUGUUUUUACUGUUAGCAAUUGGUUCUGUGAUAGGUGUAGUAGCUUUAAUAUUUGAAUGGUUUGGGGGAUGUUAUAAAAUUUGUAGGAGAAGAACGAGAAGAGGAAGUGACGAAUCCAUAGAAAGUAAUCCUAGAAUUCAUGAAAGACAAACUAGCAAAGCGAAUUACUAUUAUCAACGUUAUACCGUAUUGAAGGAUUCUUUUGAGGAAAAUAAAAAAAGUAGAAUAAAUGAUGAAACGUUUCAAAGUUUUGAAAGACUGAAAAUCGACGAAGAAUAUGGAAUAUCAAAUAAUGGUGAUGAAUAUAAAAAAUAUGAUGAAACAAUAGAUAAUAUGAUUGACGACAUAUUUGACAAUGCUCUUAAGCACCACAUAGCAUUACCGGAAACAAAAGGACAUUCUGCUUGA